UUUUUAUCUACAAUUGAAAAAAGUUUCAUAACCUCGAAAUAUUGUUUUAAUCACGUAAUAAAUGGAUUUUGGAUGUAAUAAUGAAUAUUCCAGCUCCAGAAACCAUUUAUGGACGGCAGGGGUGCUAUCAAUGGACCCCACUUUUUACACAACAGUUAAGACUACGACAUUUACAACAAAUCGUUUUUUACAAUGUUGAACCUUCUAAUAAGUCUAAACUGUAUUUUACUCUACAUCUGAGUGCAAUGUGUUCUCCUUUCUAUACCAGUGAUAUUGUUGAGCAAGGCUACCAUCAACGUUGGAUAAAUCUUGACUUCAAAACUACAGAAUUUUCUUCAGUGUCUAUGUUUGUUAUCAGAAUUUGGCAAAAACAGGAUGGAGAAUUAGAUGUAAUGGUUCUCAGUUGGGGUAUUAAUUUGUCAGGAUUAGUUUAUCUUGGAAAUAAAAUUUUGGAUAUACAACCAGAGUCCUUUAAAGAAAACACUGUGAUAUUUCAAAUUCGGGAAGGAUUUUUUACUAGUCAUGAGACAUUACGUAGUGAUUUGCAAAAACCCCUACCAUUUAUAGACAAUAUCAAUUUAGUUAGCAAUGAACAUAGUACAAAUGUUUAUAGACAUAUUAGGGAGAGAUAUAAAAAGAAUGAAGUGAAGAAUAGUUAUGAUUUAAAAAAACUUUUAAAAAUGCAUUCCUUACAAAUUAGUUUGAGAAACAAACUAGCAGAUGUGCAAUUAAUAUCAGAGAAAAUAAGUGUCAAUUGUGGGAUGUGUGGUUUAGAUCCUGGUACAGAGUUUCAAGAACCUGACAAAGCAAAAACCCCAGACACUGCUCCUCUUCUUACAAUGAAUACUUUGAACAAAAUGUUGGGAAAGAAAGAAAAACCAACAAAAGCGCAAGUUGAGAGGAUUGUAAGUAUUAAAAAAGAUAUUGAAGUAAAAAAGUUUCGAACUAAACUAUUGCUGCAAGAGCGAGACAAAAAGAGUGCAAAAGUGAGACAUUUAAGACAGAAAUAUACAAACUUAUUAGAUGAAAAUGAAGAAAAAUCAUCUAUCACUAUGGACAAUUACAGACAACUGAGCAAGGACUCGGAUAAACUUAAAGAAUGGAAAUUGGAAGAAUUGCAUAUAAAGGAAAAUUUACAACAUACAUUACUACAACUACAUCACAGACAGAAGCAACUUAUGAUUCAGUUGUUGGACAUAUAUCCUAUAUCUUCAACACCUGACAAUAAGUUCUUCAUACAAAAUGUUUAUCUGCCUAAUUCAGACGUAUUUUAUGAUUCAUCUGAAAGCAGUUUACCAGUUGCUCUUGGGUAUGUAGCCCAUGUGCUAUUGAUGUGUUCUUCAUUUUUGCAAGUUCCCUUAAGAUACCCUAUCAUGUAUUUUGGUUCACGAUCUCAUAUUAUAGAUCACAUAACUGCAAGUUUAGUUGAAAGAGACAGAGAUUUUCCUUUAUAUACGAGAGGGAAAGACAAGAUGCAGUUCACCUACGCUGUUUACUUGUUAAACAAGAAUAUCGCACAGUUAAGAUGGUUGUGUGGUCAACACACUCCUAAUCUCCGUGGAACAUUGUCUAAUUUAUUGUCGUUGCUGCAAAGUAAAGAAACAAGAACACCAUCACGAUGUUAUUUUCUGAAUCGUCACGAAAACGUUUUAUCCUCCAGUUCUGUCACCUCAGACCCUUCCUUGAGUUCCGAUCAGGCUUCGAUUAACGAACUUAGGCCCAGAAAUUGUAAGGAUUUGAUGGAAGGAAAAUCUUCAAACACACUCGUUUCGCAUCAAAACCCCUCCGAACCUCUACAUCCGAAACCUUUCGGAUGUAAGAGUCCAACGAGAAAGGGGAACCGAAGAUACGACAGGUGCGACAAUCAAGAAAACCUCGGACUUAGUCAGAUCCUAUCCGUGCCUGAAGCUUAUAUGAACAAACAAAUCAGUUCUGGUGACUUUAAAACGUACUUAGCAAAGAGAAAAUUGAACGAUUGUGAUACUGUAGACAGUAAAGAUACCACAAAAUUAGAGGAUGUAGAACAAGGUACAGAUAUUAUAAAUUCGUGCAAUUCAACAACUCCACCUGUCCUCGAAGUAAAGAGUGACGAUUUAAAGGUGAUAGCAAGAUUAGGUAGUGAUAAUUGUUUAACUACAAAAGUUAUUAAACAAAGGAGAAGGAAGAGUAGAUCUGUCGGUUCUUUUACUGACGAAGAGAAUUGUUUAGAUGUUAUAAGCAGUUUCGAAGUAGGUUCGGAUCCGUUAAUAAACAUUUCAUCGGAAAUCGAAGGUAACGUUCUGAAUAACGAAUUGGGGAUAACGUUUAGCGUUGAAAAUUCUCAACAAGAUUUUCUACAAAAAUGGUUAAAUAAUGGCACAGUAUUAGUCUCAUCAGAUGAAAAUAUUUUUCAUGACGAAACAACUUCGGAAUCUUCUAAAGUAAGUGCAAGUCCUAGUAGUAAUGAGACAACCUUAAAUGAAAGAACGACUGCACUGUUAAGUAAAACAAGUUUUAAUUUGGUCAAGCCGAAAUAAUUUUUAUAAUUGUCUGUGAAAUGUAAUUAAUUUUUUUUUUAAUUUUCCUUCCUUACAAUUAAUGUU